GGAGCGGUGGGAAAGUGCGUGAAGGCAGCGUAAAGGCAAGCUGGGCUAGCCGUGGUGAUGUUGUGGCUCUAAAGCUAAUUUUGUUGAAGAUAUAACUUUAGUUGCCUUCGCUGGUGUAUCUUGCUAACAUCGAUGUUAGCAAUUAGCCUGUUCGUGUAAAUGCUGUUCACUAGAAUGGACCUGUUGAACUCUCAGUUCCUGGACAAGAUGAACAAUAACAUCGGGAGACUGCACUACGACGAUGAGUCCAGGACGGCCUCCCUGCCCACUGCUAUGUCCAACAUGACAGGGCCUCCUACACACUGCCCGAGCAAAAGGAAGUAUGGGGAAGAACAAAUGGACGACCGCAUCAACUGUGAUGAUGACCACAUGACCAAAAUGAGCAGAAUGUUUGCCACGCAGCUGGCCCGUCCCUCUGCUGGAGACAAUCGUAAUGAGCACUGGAGCCUCGGCCACACUCCUGUGGAGCACAUUACUUCCUCCUCCAACGGUCUCCACGGGAAUCACCUGUAUGCUUCCAUUUCCAGCUAUGCUGUAGACCAGCCUCUAGCUCUGACCAAAAGCAGCCACGACAUUGGAGUGGGGGCCAGAGAGAGGUCCGUCAUGAGUGGGACAGUGGAGCGGCAGCAGAAUCGUCCCUCCGUUAUAACCUGUGCCCCUGCGAGCAACCGCAAUUGUAAUCUCUCGCACUGCCACAUGAAUGGCUGUUCACCCAGCCCUCCUACUGAUCAGAUGAAGACCAACGCUAACACAGUCUGCGAUCCUGUGAUUGAGGAGCACUUCCGUCGCAGCCUUGGAAAAAACUACAGAGAAGCAGAGCCUGUGUCCAACUCAGUGUCCAUCACAGGUUCAGUGGAUGACCACUUUGCCAAGGCGCUGGGAGACGCCUGGCUCCAAAUCAAAGCCAAGGAUGGGGGUCAUCAAACCCCAGAGGCAGAUCCCUGAAGCAGACCUGGGUAAAAACUACAAUCACUUCCUUAGUGUUUGCAUAUGAGAGUGGAGCUCGCCCACUGUCUUUUUUUGCCAAGCAUCAACUUCCCGUAGCCAAGAACAAUGUAGGACAUAUGGUGCUCACAAAGGCUGUUCCCUUGUGGACCUCGAGGUCGACCUUUUAUUAGAACACUCACAUUUGUACUCUUAAAAUUGACUGUCUCACUUUUGAAGAAGAGAAAAUAGAUUAGUUACUUGUAUAGUUGGGUUGACAAUGUUAGUAGUGGGAACUGUACAAUCAGAUUUUUAUCUUGCAUUGAUAAUGAGAUUCACAAAGUACCUGCCUUGAUAGCCAAAGAAAUUCCCUGCCUUUCCCAUCAACAUAUAAGCCAUAGAUCUGGACCUUCAUCGUUUUUCACCCUAAAAUCACACUGCAUUUUAAUCUUAAUUACUUGAAAAAAAGACAGCCAGGUCACAUUUGCUCUUUAUGUUUCUGACAGUUUAGGUAGCAGGUUACCUGUUUCAGUUAGAGCUAAUGUGUUCAAGAACACGUCGUGUGUUUUGAAAUUGUUAUAAUGCAACCCCGCGCCCUGCUUUUUUAAGACACUAGACCAAUGUGUCUUCCUUAUGAUCCUGAACUGGACUUAUCCACUGUUAACUGAAUAAUUUUAGUUUCCUAUCUAUAUGCUCACUGUGGCUGAUUACUUAGUAAACUAAUAUCAAUCAUAGUAGAUGUGUCUAACUAGAAAGCAUGUUUCAAAUAGCUGGUUUCUAUUACAAACCUUAUUCUAUACUAUAUAUUUACUCAGAAUUUAUUUUUUAUCUGUAACAUUUUAGAAAUACUCACUGCUGGUACAGUUGUACUCAAUAUAUUUUUUGUAUCGGGUUUUCAUUACUAUAUGUAGGUGUAUAUCUUAGCAUCCAUCUACAAAUCACAGCCUCUGGAAAGGUUGUCUGAAUGCAGUUUAAAAGGCGAUAUUGCUUUGUUAUUCUGUGGACCUGGAUGCUGUAGCUUUAUACAUGACUGAAUACAGCUAAAUCUGACCUUCGGUUGCGGUCUACGAGCAGUGGCUUUAUUUAUUCUGAAUAUGUCAAUAGUUUCAUGUUGACAUUUGGCAAAACAUGGUAACAACAGAUCAAUUGUUUCUUUCUAAUGACAACAACAGAAGAUCUCUCCACUGCUUCAGCGACAAAGCAGUUAAUUUCCCUUAAAACUAAGGGCCCUAUUUAAAAAAAUCUGGAUAAAGUGCGUGACAGGAGUAAAUCUGGUGUGUGUCAAAUUCCACUUUGCAAGUUUAAGGUCCGGUGUGUAGGAUUAAGGAGCGUCCAUCUGUGGAAAUGGUGUUUAAUCACAACUAUGUUUUUGUGAUUUUAUAAUCACCUGAAAAUAAGAAUAGUUAUUUUAGUUACCUUAGAUUGAACUGUUUAUAUGAACAUACAAAGCAGGUCCUCUUCCACAGAGUCCGCUACGUUGUUCUUCAGUAGCCCAGAAUGGACAAACCAAACAUUGGUUCUAGAUAGGGCUAUUCCCGUCAGCCACCAUAGUUCCCGCACAGGCCUGGCACACAGGAAAAGUUUCAGUACUGCAACCUCAUCGCUAGAUGUCACUAAAUCCUACACACUAGAUGGUGCACUUAGGCACAUUAUUGGGGUGCAAAGUAAAGCCUAAGGGUCAAAGGUGUUGUAUUUAUUUCCUUAAAUCAUAUAUGUUUUGGGUGUAACAUCAAUUCAACCAAUCAGUGUCCACUCCCAUUCCCUUUACUGUUAUUUAAAGGGCAGAUUUGGCAAAUUAGAAAAGACGGCAGAGAGUAUUAGGUGCAGUCAUGUCACUGCAGCAAAUAUAGUGGGAAAUUUAAGCAGCAAAACUAAAAAAAUUUGUCAAAAACUUGACAGAAGAAACAAUUUAACCUUUAGCUUCAAAAAUAUUUAGCACAGUUAUGUUGCCCCUCGUGCGUAAAUGUACACUCCAACUCUUUGAAUUCGGAGUCGGACAGCAGCUCAUCUCUAUGUUCACAUCUUAGAGAAUAAUAUGUUUUUGUCACUAAUGAUGUAAUAUUUCACUCACCUGCAACCCAGAGUGUGUCCAUUGUGAACCAGUCUAUGUCGGCACAUCUUAGUAUCUUAAUCAUGCACUCUUUAAAUAGCAGGAAAAUACUCCGCUGUUGACUUUAUACCAGGUUUUGAUUGGACAAUGGCACAAUUGCUUGCUGAUGCCUAAAGUAGCCAUGUGCUAUCAGUGUGCUCGACCACACCUCGACCCAUGCUUAUGGGUACACAGAUGGGUGCAGGUACAUUUACUACCUACAAAACGUGGUCGCUGACCAUGAAAAUGCCAACUGUAUCAGCUAGAAACUAGCACCGACUGUUGUGCUGCGCUGUGCACCGCUUUGUGCCGGAUGUAGGAUAGGGCCCCAAGAUUUUAAUGCACCUGCAAUUCACAUGUAAACACUAAUAUUCCACCAUGACUGCCUGACAGUUAUCAGUCACCUCAGUUGUGUUAAGCAAGCACAACUGACAAGUGCGUUUUUCUUUUUUAAUCAAGGUGAUGUCGUGGUCAGAGCUGCAAAAAAUCGAAUGUGUAAGUGAGUUACAAAGGUUUUUUGCGCAGUUGAGUUUUGUUUAAAUUAAUUUCUCAGCCUUCGGAAAUUCUCUACUUAUGGUAGCCUAACGUAUUUGUCAACACUGAUUAAGUAUGGUAUUGUAAAAUUAGAUUUUUUUUGGUAUGUCAAUUAACUGUCUGUGAAAACGUACAUUGUAUUAAUAUUCUACAGUUUUAAAAUUGUUACAUACACUAUCCUGUCUCUAUUUUAUUUUACUCAUAUAAGACUGUCAUUGCGCCGCGCGGGAUGAUCAUAGAUAUUUUGUUUCUAUUCAGAGUACUGAACUCGUGUAGCAUGGAUGCUCAUUAUCUUCUAACCAUGCAUUUUUUUAAUCUUCCUAAAAAUUGGUUUAUUUUCCCACAAUUGUCAGGUGACGUAUAAGUGCAGGAACACAACAGUCUUUGAUCAAAGACUUUCUUGGUGCAGUGUCAGAGAGACUUCUGUACUAACCGUUUAAAGAGUUUGUUUAGCAUUCUGUGUGUACCAUUGUGGAUUUUAGGGAUUAUCGUUGAAUCUGCUUGUUUGACACAAGUGGGUUUAUCAGUAAUAUGUUUGGGGUAUUAGUAAGUUGUUAUUUAAUUGCUAUAUUUAGAGUACCUGUAUCUCAAAAGACUGUUUGCAGAAAGGACCUGCUCCAGGCGUCAUCCACAUAGAAAAAAAGUAACAUUUGUUCACUUUUGUCUUUAUUUCUCUGGAAGAAAAUGCCACUGUUUUGUACCUAACUUCUUCCAAAUAAACAUACAAAUGCCUA